UUCAUUGAUCCAGUUUCCUGUGGAAGGGUUGUCUAUAAAACAUCCAAUUGAAAGCUACAGCGCUGUCAGUGACUCCGUGUCUGUCUGUUUCAACUGCCGCGUUCUGAACAAUGGCUCAGUUUAACGGAAAAUGGGAAAUAGAGUGCAGCGAAAAGUUUAGCGAAUACAUGCACGCUAUUGGUGUAAGCGAGGAUAAACAAGCAGAGGCCCAAAAAUUCCUUGGAGAUUCUUCCAAACUAACGUAUGAAAUCAGCAGCUCUGGCAAUGACUGGGUCUUCAAAAUCACGACUGCUGCAGGUGAACGAGAGGUCAAGUUCAGCCUCGGUUCCGAAAUAGACACUAUGACAUUAGAUGGCAGGGCAAUCAAGACGGUAUUUACACUUGAUGGCGAUGCGCUGAUGGAGAAACAGACAGGUUCUGGGUUUGAGACAACUAACAAGCGGACUGUGUCCGGAAAUACCAUGACUAUGGUAAGGGUAACAGCAGUAGCGAAGUUAGAAGGGUUGACGAGCGGUGCCCCCGCCCCCUUUGAUAAAAGAAAUGUAACAAAAAAUGGUUAUUUUAGGGAGUUGCAAUCCACAGUUCUGGGCGGAUAUAGUACAAGUAACGUAUAGCUAAACUGAGAAAUCCAGAUUUCUAGUGCCCCCCUCCAGUCUCCCUCCCCUGAAAGCUAGUACAAUCUGUAGCUUCAUAUAAAGAUUGCAUUCAAUCAAAAUUCAUUCAAUUUUAUGGAACCAACCCCUGGAAAGAGCUAUUAGAAUCAUAGAUCUGAAGGACCAGUAUAAAUCACGUGAAUCUCCAUUCUAUUCGAUUCGCUUAAAAAAAAAUGGCAACCGGGGAAUGUAAAUUUCAACUAUUGUAUAUUAUCAAAAUAUUUCAUCCAAGAAAGAGCGACAGAACAUAUGGUUAUCAACAGAACCCGACAUUUAUUUCCUUUAUAUUUUACUGACGAGACGUAUGAUUAGAAAUGAGUUUACUACCGCGCCCAUAGCCGUUACGCAAUUAUUGUAAGAAAACACGGGCGAUGAGUCUUUAAGAUUCUUUGUGUGAGCACGUAAAAGGCAGAUGUACAGUGAAUUGGAAAUAUCAUUUUGUUCUUCAUUUGUUGUCGCAUGUCUGAAAGAGAAGAAAUGAUGCUAUUUAAGCAUAAAAAAUCUCUGAGAGUGAUUCAUGGCUCUCACUUCUGUACUGAGACAAAAGUGGUUGAUUGUAUAUAUUGUUUAAGUCCCUCUCGGGAAUCUUUCUUUGACGUGGAGACGUCACCAUUGCCGGUGAAAAGCUGCAAAAUUUAUGCCUAUGCUCGGCGUUUACGGCCAUUGAGCAGGGAGGGAUCUUUAUCGUGCCACACCUGCUGUGACACGGGACCUCGGUUUUUGCGGUCUUAUCCGAAGGACCGCCCCAUUUAGUCGCCUCUUACGACAAGCAAGGGAUACUGGGGACCUAUUCUAAACCGGAUCCUCACGGGAACAGGUGAUAAUGGGAUACUGGAUUGCUAUACUAACAUUGAAAAUGACUAAGGAGAAGCUGGAGUUAUCCCAUUUGCCAUAUAGUUGAGUUGUUAGUUUGUUGUUAACGUUUAUGACCAAUACAAUAUCCAAAUACUAGUAUGAAGCAGAUAUAGAAGUGUCAAUGGGAAUUAUCUAAUCAACAUAUGAAUGAAGGUGCAUAUUGUUCAUAGUUAAAACGUCAUUGAUGUAUCUAAAUGUCGAGAUGAAGGCUACACGCCGCCACAGCAAGACAUUUUUUUCUCAUGUAGAAGCUUUUGAAUAAAUCCUGCCUCAUAAGAAUACAAAAACAGGUCAGCUAAUAAAGGAGUACAAUUCGUACCCAUUGAAAUUCAAUCUGCUGGAAGACCUGAAACAAAGUAAUUUGUUGGAUGACUACUUUUUGGGUGACUACUUCCGAGCUUAUUGAAAAAGCAGCUGUCUUGGUUGUCAUAAAGGCUAGUCUUUGACGUUUUGAUAUUUUUGAUUGUUGAGCAAUUUUAUGAUUUUAUCAAAUUUGCUAAAAUUUCCUCGGAAUUUUUGUUAAAUCUCUUUUCUAUCAUAAUUCUUUUUUGUAAUAAAGAAAAUUAUAUCCAAAAGGCACGACAAAAAGACAAUCUUGUGCUGCGGAUGAAAUUCAUAAAAAUAAAUACAGUAAAAAUCUGCAAAAACUAUACAUUUUCUUUCUACCGCAUUAACCUGUAUUGACCUCGGGUAGUACAUAAUGUAAUUCUGUAGUUUUCAGGCUAAGGGUGACCAUUUAAAACUUAGUUUUCUACCAUUAUCUUCCAAUAUCCAAGGGGGAAAUGAGUGCACACUUACUGGAGAUACAUGUACAUCAGAGUAUAAUAUUCACCAAAAAGUAUAAUCAUGAUAAUUGAUAAAUAAAUUUUUCUUUGAAAAGAGGGGUGGUAAACGGGACCACAAGCUGCAGCUAAAGUCGGGAGGUCCUCUCUAGAUAUCUGUAAUUCACAUUUCAGUACUUUGAUUUUUUGUAGGUUAUGACAGCUGGAAAUGGUAUAUCCUGUACAAGGAAAUACAAGAAAA